UACGCGUUCCGAUGGCAAAAUUUCCAUUUCAGUUCGACAUCAACGUAAUCGGUUUGAAAUGUUACCGAAGCUACGACGCUGCCCUACCAGUCGGGUUUUACGGUUGUGUUUGGAGUGGUGCGCUACUGGUGGAUCUUGGAAUGAGAGCUGAAAGAUGCAACAACAUAGGCGAAGUGAUGCGUCUGCUGAGGGAUGAAGAAAUAACCUAUUGCCGACGGACAGCAACCCAUCACUACGGGCGUUCAUGUGCGAGCUCCCACAGAAUUGGUUUUCUGCUCAACAUUUUAAGGAACACCUCGCUCGUACUAUCGUGCUGCAUCCUACAACCGUAUUACGAACGUCCUACUAUUUCUUACCGAUCUUCCAGUAGUUGUUGCGAAGCCAGCGGACAGCAGACAUAGCAGUUUCUUAGGUGGUUUCUAAGGUACUACUCGCCCUUCCUUCCGGCAAACUGCGAGAGUAGGAUCAGAAGAAGUUUAAACUA